UUGCAGUCUGUAAAGAAGCCAGGCCCAGAAUGGGAAACAGAAUGCAACUCUGAUCUUGAUCCAGAUAAACUUGAAUCUGCUGCAGAAAUCGGCUCAGGUGGCCUAUAUGAUCGGGUCUCCACUGUACCACCAGCUUCCACUGAUUCCCAAGAGAGUUUUCGGUCUGCAACGAAGCCAGGUCCAGAACGGGAAACAGAAUGCAACUCUGAUCUUCAUCCAGAUAAACUUGAAUCUGCUGCAGAAAUCGGCUCAAGUGGCCUCUGUGAUCGGGUCUCCACUGUACCACCAGCUUUUGCUGAUUCCCAAGACAGUUUUCCAGCUCAGCGCGCGACAGAACGUAGGUUGGAGGAAUGCCGGUCCGAGGCAGCAGGAACAACAGCGACGACAGUGGCAGAUCAACCUGCUGUCGGAACGGAUUUCACAGAAGCUAACAGUGUAUCGAAGUCUCUCGGGCAGGCGCGAGAUGCCCAAAACCCUUUUGCUGUGGAUUUCAGCACCACGCAUCUCAUGCAGGCUAUUCGACACGAUCUGGACCUGGUAGCCGUUGAUCUAACCGCUUUUGAGGCUAUGGUUGAGGGCUUGGCCUGUAAGACACCAGAUGAUGUUGCGCUGAAGCAGUUGCGUGCCACUCGUGACCGCCUCGAGGGACAGCAGCGAAGACUGGAAGCCUACAUCGGAACUUUCGUGGACAAAAUGGAUCCGAAGUCAGGAGGCAUUGAGGAAAAGCAGGCAGCGCUUGCUGAGCUGAUGCGAGUGAACGAAAAGAUUCAGGAUUCUGUCAGGCAGUUCCGCUCAUUCGAGAAAAUGCUCUAUCGCGAGAAUGAAAAGUCUGCAACGAAGCUAGGCUCACAACGGGAAACAGAGUGCAAAUCUGACCUUGACGCCGGUAAACUUAAAUCUGCCGCAGAAAUUGGCUCAAAUGCCCUCUCCACUGUACCACCAGCUUACACUGAUUCCCAAGAGAGUAUUCCGCAGCUCAUAUUCUGCUUCUGGGAUGUAAUUCAACUCUAUUUUGCCACGUGGUCAUCCAACUGCGUGUUUGCAAGAUGCAGUUUGGAGAUGUGA